AUGGCCCCUCCCAAGCGCGCCCUGUUCUCUCUAAACCUCGACACUGACGCCGACCACGUGUACCAGAAAGUUGAAGACCACAACAAAGACGGUGUAGACAGGGUCAAAGUUCUUGAAAGCAAAGGACCGACACACGGACAUACGGAUUUGAGUUACGUGACGAGGCCAUUUGAGAACACUGUUAAUCGAGCGGUCAACGAGGUUAUUGAAGGGAGUGGAAGAAAAGUAAAGUCUGCGGAAGGAGAGAUAUCGUAUUCGACGACGAGAAGUGAGAGACGAAGUGGUGGCUCGUCGAGAAGAAACCAAGAGACCGACGAUCAAGACCGGGACAAAAGUCGACUAAACGUCGUCAGUAAAACGAAGAGACGGAAUAUCGAGAGGAAAUACGAUACGUCAGAACUUUGA